AUGUCAACCACGGGUGUUCCCGCCUAUUAUCAAACCAAUCGACAAAAGGCGUCUCCGUUUGUCAACUACUACCACCAGAACCUCUACUCGACGCAGCCGCACCAGCCAAUAAAUCUGUACAAUUCAGAGUGGAGAUCGCCUAUAAAUACCCCAACUAAAGAAAUGGCCACUAUAACAUCAACAGUCGUGACGGAAGAAAGCGACCCGCGAACUCCCAGCAAAUAUUAUGUGACGCCUGGGCGCGACAAGGUGAAAGAAAGGGAGAGUUCCGGGCCGGGAGGUGAAGUCGGUGGAGUCGGUGGAGUCGGUGGAGUCGGUUCUGCAACCGGUGGAAUCGGUCCUUCUACGACUUCCGGUUCUGCAACCGGUGGAGUCGGUUCUGGGGUCAGUCCUUCGUCCCGCCCCUCCCCCGCUCCCAUGGACGUCCUAUGGGGCAUGCUCAACACCAUCGUGGGCAAGGAUAAAAUGGCCAAAGUGGGCCAGUACACUUUGCGGUUGUUACUCUACCAUGCUUCGAAAUCUCAGGAAUAUUUGAGUGACGAGUCCAUCAAUAUCGACGUCAUCAACCACCGGUACUACGACCGCACAGCAAAGCUCAGUCUUUUGCAAAACUUCUUAAAACAUCCAGCCAACUUUCUGCGCAUCGUCAUUAUACUAUUCUGUUCAAUUUUCUCAAGUCGAUUGACGCCGUUGGUGGGCGGCUUGGCAAUGUAUCGACAGUUUCUUCGAUUUGGAAAAAACUCCAUUUCGAGUCCGUACUUUGACUCGUCAAAUACGUGCUACUGUCACCAAAGAUAA